AUGGUGUGCCUUCCAUGUAUAUUUCUUCCAAUUAUGAUGGCAAUUUAUAUCAAAUUCAUAAUGCCCUAUGUAUACAGGUUGGUAUUUUUAAUUUGAAAAAAAAACAGAAAGAUAAAAAUCGAUUUUUGCAGAAUUUUACCAGAACGCUGGGUUAACUUUUUGGACCCAUAUUUGUAUCCAACAUGUCCAAUAGAAAUACCAGAACCAGAGAAAAAAGAGAAUGGUAUGUUUUUUUUUCUGUGAAAUUCCGAAACUAUUUCAUUGUUUUAUAGAUUCAUCAUGUUGUGCAGCUGGUGGAGAAAAAGAAACCAAAAAGGAUCAAUAA